UAUAAAUAAUCGCAUCAGUAAAUAACACUCGCUGGAGGGCGGCGUUUUGACUCGGCACCCCAAAAAGCCCCCCAAAAAUUAAAAUUAAAAAAGAAAAAGCCUUUUCGGCAAACUGUACAAUUAAUUCAUGAAUUUCCUACUAUAUAUCACCCAAAACCCAGCGCUCUUUCAUCAGCAGCCAGUUUCCACUGUCAUAAUUCUUUCUUCUGAAAAAAAAAAACAGAAACACAAGGAGAGAGAGAGAGAAAAAAAAGAUGGAGAUGGAACCAGCUGGGGAAGACACUCAAUUCGGAGCUUCCACGAGCGAUCCGACGACGACGACGAUCAGAGGCAAGCGCACCAAACGCCACCGGUCCGCCUCUCCUCCUCCGCUGAAAUCCUCCACCUCCACCACCACGUCCAGCAAUUCCGGCAUCGGAGGCGGAGUGAGUCAGAGAUCGGCGUCCUACGCCGCCGCCACGACGACGACCUCUUCCGGCAGCGCCGCGCUAUACGAGAGCAGCACCGAAGAGGAAGAGGACAUGGCGAAUUGCCUGAUUCUCUUGGCUCAAGGCCGCCGCCGCCACGUGGCCGCGCCGCCUCCGGAGCGGAAGACGAUCGGUUCCAAGAGAUUCUCCGACAUCGCGACCACGACGAACCGGGCCGGCUUCUUCGUCUACGAGUGCAAGACUUGUAACCGCAGCUUUCCUUCCUUCCAGGCGUUGGGCGGCCACCGGGCCAGCCACAAAAGGCCCAGGCCCGCUCCGGGCCCACUCGCGACGGAGGACAAGAACGUAAUUGCAGCCGGUUCGAUUCCAGCCUGUAAGGUUGAGAUAAGCAGCAGCAGCAGCACCGCCGUGGUGGUGGCGGUUGCGGCGUCAGCGGGGGAGCUUCGUCAUCAAAAUCCAGCGAUUCAAUCGGCUGCCAAUAGCGACAAGACGGCCGCCACCGUGACGACGGCGGGAAUUAAGUCGGCGAAAGUUCACGAGUGCGCGAUUUGCGGGGCGGAGUUCGCGUCCGGCCAAGCUCUCGGCGGGCACAUGCGGAGGCACAGAGCGAGCAACGCCGGCAACCAGGCGGCGACCGCGAACGCGGCGGCAACGGUUAAUUGCGAUGGUGAUCUGAAUAGCGAGCAGAGGAAUCCUGCGUUGCCGCUGGAUCUGAAUCUACCGGCGCCGGAAGAUCUCGACGCCCACCAACACCACCGCGGGGAUCCGUCUCCGUCUUCGUCGAAGUUCCAGUUCGCAUCGAAGGCGGCGAUGGUGUUCUCAGCUCCGGCGUUGGUCGGGUGCCACUAUUGAUCGGCAACUGAAGAGAGAAGCCGGAGGGGGAGAAGCGUGUAAAAAGAAACAUGGAAAUGGAAUUUAUGUGAUUUUUUUUUUGUGUUUUGUUUAGUUACCAUUAUUGAUACCCGAUUUUUUUUUCAGAGCUCAAUAUACAGCUUAUACUUAGAAUUCUUUCCAUUCAAAGAUUUUCCAUUUUCACCAAUUUGGUCCAAUUUUUUCCCUAGUUAUUAUCAUACAAUAAAAGAAAUAUGAGUACGAAGUUUAUUUUUCUUGUUUAGAUAGUGGUUAGUAGAAUAGUAGUGGUGUUCAUGGUUGCCUUGUGUUCCACGAAAAGUGAGUUGGAGGAUGGAGGACUUUCUUUUCUCUAUAGGGCUUUUUGGGGUUAGAAGAAAAUUUUGGGGAUCACUUUUCGAUUCUUUUCUUGUUGAAAGAGUAUUAAUUGUGUAGCAAGUUAAAGCGGAUUGGAUAAAUUAUAUUCUGGUUUGUUUUUUAAUUCUAUCAAUUAUUUUAAGAAUGACGGGAAAAUAUACUAACAUUGAAUUUGGAUUGGACUGUGUCGAACUAAAUGAACCAAACAUACUGUAUAUGUGAUUCUGGUCCUAAAUUCUCUCGUAAUUUUGAUCUAGUCCUAUCUCAAUUUGACUCAAUCCUUAACCGAAUUGCAAAAAUGUCCACCACUAAAUAAAAGAGAGUGAGAGAGGUGCCUACUAUACUACUCACUCAGUUGCACCUAACUGACCAACUGGCAACUGUAUCAUCAUCUCUUCCUUUGCAAGUUUUUUUUUUUUUCCGUCUUCCUUUUUCCUAACUAAAGAGAAAGGAAAGAAACAAAAAUAAGCAAUGGAAUAAGAAGGUGAUGAGAAAAAGUGACAACUUUACUUCAUUAGAUCCCAUGAAUUGGGUCCUUCCAUCCAUCCAUUUACGUUCCCAACAUUGAUACAUGUCCCAGGCUCUCACCCUAUCCUAUUCCCACUAGUUAAAUUGAUUAUCAACAAUCCAAAUCUACUACAUUUACAGUAGAUAAGCAAAACGAAAUUAUAUUUUCUUGCUAGUUAUAGACUUAUAGUCAUCGUAAAAAGUUUUCAUCAAACUUUUAGUCCACUUGUUAUAUAUAUAAUUAGCCGAAAUCUAAUCUUAUGAUACAUUACGACUCGUUUAUCCAGAGACAAUCAUAAGUCAUUUUGUUUUAUAGAGUAUAUUUGAGGAGAAGAGAGGUAGUAGGAAGUUUGUGGAGUGCACGUUAAAGAGUGAAUGUUGGCAUAAUGGCAUGGGAGAAAGUGGGGAAAGCAUGUGAUGAGGAUUACACUUACAUCACAUUACGUGGCAUGUCUAAAUACUUGCUCUCUCGUUCAAUCUCUCUAUCAAAUUGUUAAUCACUCAUUAAUCUCUCUAUCAAAUAAUUGCUCAUUAAUCAAGCAUCUAUGAUUGGUUGUAAUCAUAUAUUCUAAUUAUUAUUGUUAAGUAAGUACAUGUACAUCUACCAUAUAUGUCUUUUUCAUUCCGUCGAAAAUCGAUUUUACGGUAUAGACGCUUAUGACCUCUGUACAUGUAGUAGUGACCAAAACAAUGUCUGCUAGCUUGUUCCUUUACGAAACUCAAACUCUAGCUAUCUAAUAUCCCCGUCCCUCCAAAUCAAUGCAUUGGCCGAAUAACAGUUUCGAUCUUACUUGUCCUAUUAGACAUGUCCUGACAUGUUUUGGAGCGGAUAUACCGUCUUAUUGGUGUGGGAGGGGGGCGGGGAUGAGUCAUCAUCUUUCUGCUUCUCGAUGUUUCUGUGAAAAAUUGAGUGACUCGAGUUCUUGAAUUGAUCAUUUCUAACCUUACAUUUCGAGAUAAAAUAUCGAACUGACACGAGACGAAUAUAGAUAUCGUGAUAUC